AAUAUUAUGUCAAACACAGAUGUCAAAAUAUUAGCGUCUCGAAGUGUUCAAAUUCGGCUUCGUACAAUUUUUGGGUGUUAUGAGGUGUUUUUACAUUGUUGAUUUGUGGUGUUCUAUGUUUAAUCUCCCCCAUGUUCUCUGAAGGGCACGGUAAGCCCUAAAUCUCGAGUUGAUACUACAACGCUUGCGACGACUCGCAUCCGAAGUGAAUAAACUUAAACACAGUCAGAUUAAUUUAUUACUAGGAUUAACAAAACCCGUAAAUACGUAGCUAGAUCAUGGGUCGUCAAAAAACAACACCAACGAAGUUCAAUUCGAGUGAAGGCUGCCACUCUCGGUAUUUAGAUUACAUUCCAGUAAAACCACGUAGAAGUAAAAAGCGAAGCAAUAAUUCGUUAAGUACCGGACAGUGUUAUAAGAUUCUUAUACCAUCUGAGAAAAACAAACAAUUUCAUUUAGGAAAGUUGCUGGCUGGAACCACACACAAUGAACUGCCUGACACAUGGUCAACUUGUAAAAUGAGUUUUUUGUUUAAAAGAGGAACACCCAAUAAACAUUUGCUCAUAAAUCUGGAUUCUACAUCCGUCCUGGUCGAACUUUUACCAGGAAACGACGUAGUCGAAGAAGUUAUUUACUCUAGAAUUUUUGCUAUACAUGUUUUACUUAUUGAUGGAAGUGUGUUUUUCGAUCUCUACUUUUGUGAUCUACCACUGCCCAGGUUUACAAAACGACUUGGAUUGUGUAUCCAAACAGUAUUAUCAUUAGUACUAGAUGUUCCCAUUAUUGAUGACAAUGAGGAAAGUGAGGUUGAUUUAUCCAGUGAGUUUGCUGUUGCGCAACUGUACAAAAAUAUUCGAAAAGAAAGGGAAAAGAGCAACAAAAUAGAGUGCGAAAAUGUUCAGCAUCCAAGACUUAAGCCACAAUUGAGACCUUAUCAAGAAGACGCCGUUCGGUGGAUGCUGCAACAAGAAAGAAAAACUGACGCCCCUGAAGGUGAGCUCCACCCUCUUUACACUGUGAUAAAACUAGAGUCUGGUUUAGACAUUUAUUACGAUAAAUACUCAGGAUACGUAGAUAUAACAAAACCCACAAUCGAAACCACAACCAAAGGCGGCAUCUUAGCCGACGAAAUGGGUUUGGGAAAAACUGUAGAAGUUCUAGCUUGUAUUCUCCUUCAUUCCAAACCUCUAGAAAACGAAGAAAACAUAAACCUAGAAACGUCACCCACAGUCAAACUCAUCUCGAAAAAGCGUAAAAUGAGAGAAACCAAACCGGAACCCAAACCAGACCUAAUCGAUCAAUCAAAAAAAUUAAAAGUACCCGACGACUGGGUAAAAUCAAGCAGUAAAAAAUCACAAACGUACGUCGCUUUAGAAACCUGGUACAACAGCGUUUUACAAACCGCCUGUAAGAAAACAGAGCAUAAAGACGAAAAUGCUCUUCAGUGUAUAUGCGGAGGAAGUAGUGAAGAAGGAAGCGUGACGUGUAUAGACUGCGACAAAAUCCAACAUGGCGACUGUCUCGGGUACAAAAAGAACUUCGGCCCUUACAGAUGUCCGCAGUGUUGGAUGAACCAACCCUUACUCGAAACCAAAGCCACCUUGAUUGUCUCCCCGGUUUCUUUACGCACGCAAUGGUGCAAGGAAAUCUGCAAACACAUUAAAGGCGAUCUUAAAGUUUUGCAAUAUGGCGGAUCGUCAGUCACGCCAACUUAUCCAAAUGAAUUAACAAAAUAUGAUAUCGUCAUUACGACGUACAGUGUGUUGCAGUCGGAACUGAGGUUAACGGAAACUGAGAAAGCUUUGUCGUUUAGGCAUCAUAAAAGAUACUCAGCCCCUGGAAGCCCCCUUACGAGGGUUAAAUGGUGGCGCUUGUGUCUAGAUGAGGCGCAAACUGUCGAAACUACCACCAGUAUGGUGUCGGCGAUGGCGAAGAAGCUCACGGCGCACUUUAGGUGGGCGGUCACGGGAACCCCAAUAUCGAAAGAAAUUUCAGAUUUACACGGGCUUAUCGAUUACCUUCACCUGGAACCCUAUAACGACUCAUACACAUGGGAACAACUUCUGUUCAAUCCCUACUCCCAGGGUAAAACCGCCCCUAUGCUAACAUUUCUCGCACAGGUGCUGUGGAGGUCGUCCAAGGACGACGUCAUAGAUCAGAUUAAUAUACCCAAACAAACGAUCAAAGAACACUGGUUGUCCUUUUCCACCAUAGAACACCAUUUUUACAAGUGUGAACACAGUUCUAGCCAGAAAGUGUUUUUGGACAAAGUGAGAUCGCACGAACCUGAUGUUCCGUUGCAGUCUCUGGAUAAAAGCGCCCUAAAAAUGGUAUUAGCGCCACUUUUGUCUUUGCGUCAAAUUUGUACUUACCCCAAUUCGAUUAAAACACGGUAUUUAGCUACGAAAAAACCCGUCAAGUCCAUGAAGGACCUUCUUGAUGCGUUGAUUGCUAAAAAUAACAACGAAAGUGAAGAAUAUUUGCGGGUGGUUUUGAGCGCGCUGAACGGUCUGGCCGGCAUCUACUUGCUUCUGCAGGCUCCAGAACAAGCCAUCGAGGAAUAUCGCGCGGUUCUCCAACUCUACACGAGAUUCACAGAGGAAGAGAAAAUCGCUAAGUUGUCAGUUGACAAGUUACAGGUCGUUCACGCCAUGCAUAAUCUAGCGGAAGUAUUAGAUACGUGUGCAACAAACGGGGCGACAUUGAGAGACGACACGUUGCGUCGGGACUGUCAAGAAGUAGAAAAGAAGUAUAUUGAAAAAUUUAUCAACCAGUCGAUGGCUGCUCUUCAAGACACUUUGUUAAUCACUGCCAACGUCACAAAAUUGCAAGAUAGUUUCGUGCUAGACGCCGGGAGGUGGUACAGCGAUUUACUGGAGUGGAUUUACGUCCACAGCUACGAUCAAGAACUAUACACGAGAAUCGAAAAUCUACAUUCCGUUGCUAACGUCGAAUGCUCCGUGGAUUUCAAAAACGCGAGGAGUCUGAUUUACGCGAUAUCCAGUUGGGACGACCACAUAUCUAAUUUACGCGAAAACGCAAUCCAAGUCGUUAACGAUUUAUACACGCACUGCCCGGAAGACGAAUUCCAAAUUAUAGUUUCUGAUGAAUUAGUACAAAAAGCCACUGACUGCCAUUUAAGACCCCAGAAAAAGUCUAAAAGUAGUAAGAAAAAAUGCCCGGUGUGUGUGGCCAACGAUCACCUUAAGGCAUACGAAUUCGAGUUGUUUUUUAUGGGGAAGAGGACGACUAAUUUCGAGGAUAUGUCGCUUAAAGGGAGCUGGAAACCGACUCCGCAGGAAUUGAUAUUCAGAUCUAUACUGGCGAUAGGAAGAGCGAAGAACGCCAACAAUGAUUUGGUUAAAGACGGCGAAAUACACAUAAAUAUCUUGGAUACGCUGAAGAAGGAAUUUAAAGAAGUGAGAAAACUGUGGACGCAUUUGGAUCAGCAGAUUUGCGCUCAGGAUGAAUUGGAUAUGUGUAAAACAAGACUGAGGUUGAAAGGGCCCAAUGAUGAUAAACCGCAGAAGAAGGAAGUUACGUCGAUACUGAAGAAUUUGACUUACAAUCUGGAGAAUAAAGUAGAAACGAUUUUUCUUUUGGAUGAGCACGAGUUGGAACACCAGCGCAUAGUCCUCCAUAACGAAGAACACCGCAAUAUGGCUUUCCUUGAUAAGAACAUCGCAACACGAAAGUACCUAGAGACUCUCACUCAGCAACAUAACGAAAAUCAAAGUCUAGAUCCUUGCCCUAUUUGUAAAAACGCGUUAGAAAACCACUGGGGGAUGGUACCUUGCGGUCACAGUUACUGCUUUGACUGCAUCCAACAACUAAUCGAUCAAAUCAGAGGUCAACAUCUGCAAUGCUGUGUUUGCCGCGCCUACUACUCUGUAAUAGAAAUUUCCUACACCAAGACCGACGAACAAAACCAGGAAGUAGAAACCGCAAAAAUCGCCGGCAACUAUUCGACCAAAGUUGAAAGCAUCGUUAAACUAAUCAUGGAGCUGAGAUCCGAAGACUGUGACGUCAAAAUUCUGGUUUUCUCGUCGUGGGUUUCUGUCUUAAAUUACGUUAAGGAAGCGUUGACUAAUAAUGACAUUCCUUCAGAGUUGGUGUCGUCGGGAUCUCUGGAAAAGCAGAUAGAAAAGUUUAAGGACGAAAGGCAGCACAUCACCGCUCUGCUGCUGCCCAUAAAUUUGGGCGCCAAAGGUCUGAAUUUGGUGGAAGCGACUCACGUUAUUUUGACCGAGCCGUUGCUUAAUGUCGGCGACGAACUUCAAGCAAUCGGCAGAGUCCAUAGAAUCGGACAAACGAGGCCAACUGUAGUCCACAAGUUUUUCAUAAAAGGCUCAAUAGAAGAAAGUAUUCAGAAAGCAGUGAGCAGCGACUCGCAAAACUGGGAAAAAAAUAAAGUCACAAUUGGGCAACUCAUGAAUUUGUUUGAAAACGAUAAUACUUCCACAACUUAAAGUUUUUACGUACGGAUUUACUUUUUUACGGCAAAACUGUCGAUGAAGUGCUUAAAGCAUUCAUUUCCCGUAUUUUUAAUAAAGUUUUAAUUUGUUCGUA